AUGCGCCAUCCAAUGUUUAUAUUCGGUGUUAGUGCCAUAGUGCUGUGCUAUGUACAAAUAUGUUGUUCUGAAAAGGAGGUUGUUGAAAUACAAAAAAUAUUUUCACCUUGUAAGAAAAAAUCAUCUGACUUCGACGCAUGUAUGAAGCGAGCUUUCAACAAACUCCGGCCAUAUUUCAAAAGAGGCAUACCAGAUAUGGGUGUAGCGCCCUUCGACCCACAUUUUGCUAAAGAAGUAAAGCAAAUUCGCUCGAUCUUCGGUAUGGGAUAUAGACUGACAUUGCGAGACGUUUUCGAGAGGGGCUGGUCGCAAUCUACUGUUACCAAAUACAAAACGGAUUGGGCGAAUCAGCGCAUUAUAUAUUCUCAAUAUUUUCCUGAAAAAUGGCUUGAAGGAACAUAUGAAUUUAAGGGAGAUAUGUUGGGUUUAGAAGUGCUUCGCACCGGCAACUGGAACCUUACACUACGGGACUAUUCUCAAACGACACGAAUAAAACGUAACGGCACCGGCGUGGACGUGCACGUCGAGGUGGACAACAUCGGUGACAUGGACGUACAUGUUGGAAACUUGCUCAGAGGGAGAAGUGUCAUGGAAAACAUACUGGAUCGUAUUAUAAACGCAGCUUGGCAGCCAGGCUUCGCAGUCAUCCGGCCGCUCAUCAACGACCUCGUCAGCACCGCUUUUACGGACAUUUGGAGCACGUCCUUUAAAGAUUUCCCUGUACAGAAUUUCAUUGUAGAC